UUAGUUACAGUUAGGACCCUCUCUCCUUGGUUGAUGCCGCUUUAUUCUAAGCAAUGUCCCUUUGAAAAAAAACUCCGACCUGUAUGCAACGCCCUCUCUCUCUCUCUCUCUCCAUCAAUCUCUGUAGCUCAAACAAAACCCAAAAUUCAGACACUAAUUUUAUCCAGAAAGGUAACCUUCUGAGCUCAAAUCAAGACAAAAACAAGAAAUUCUAAGUGAGCAAUCAGAAAUCUCUUGAUUCAAUUUUGUGGGUACAUGCAUUUUAUUUUAUUUUUUGAGGGGUUGAUUUGGAUAAAAAUGUGCUUUUUAAUUCAUUGGUUCAUUGAUUAUCCUCAAUUUUUCGCACAGUUGAAUUUUUGAGUUUGUCAAUGGAAUACCACCUGAAAUCGGUGAAUGUUUGAUCAAUGUGGGAUUGUAGUCAAUUACAAAGUUUGUGUUUUUGUAAUGGUGUGAAAUCAUGAGAGGGCAUGGAAACUUUCUUGUGUAAAUGUAUUGGACUUGUGAAAGAUAUUUGUUGUCAAAGAUCAAUUCUAAAUACCGAUAAUUUUUAGGUAAAUUUUACAUGCGAUCCAUCGUAAAAGUUGAAAGACAAGCGAUUGAGAAAGCCAAUUGCACUGUAUUUUGGGUUGAAUUUGUACAUAGCAUGAGUUUUGUGUGUCUUCUUCUUUGACAUUUGAAGAGGCACUUGCACAAGAAGUGGUGCAUUUUGGUGGAGAAUUCAAAAAUAAAGCUAAAAUACCCGGAAAAGAUAUUGGAUCAUUUUAGACCAUGAAAAGUGAAAUGUUCAUAAAGAGUUGAAAGAUCUUUUUAUUUUGUUUGAGACCAUGACAAGUGAGGUUCCCGGUACUUCAGGCCGACAGUUCAAAAAUGAUUUGGCCAAGGUUGUGCCGAUUGAUGAACUUUAUGCAGGUCACGGUUUACAUAAUAUUUCUGUACAGACGGGUGAGGAAUUUUCCGCAGAGUUUCUUCGGGAUCGUGCCACACCAAGAAGAGUACCCCUCAUGACUGAUAUGGAUCAGCGUCAACCAAAGAGAGUGGGGUUUAACUUUGUUCAGAAUAAUCAAAUGGUUUAUGAGGAUCUCACUGGACUUCUUGGGAUAAGAAGAAGAGAUUCUGAAAGUGGGACAUAUGAUUCAGAUAUCAGUUCUGGGAAAGAAUAUGCAGCCGGAGAAGAGCAAAAGGGUUAUUCGAAUAUGGGAAGCAGGUAUUAUAGGGACUAUAGUGCCGGUGGUCAACAACUGGCUGAGCUUUCUGAUGAGGUUAAUUUUAAUCCUGGCCCAUCUUUCCAUGCAUCAGAGUCCCCUCAUUCGUAUCAACCUUUUGGUAAUGGCUCGGGAGUUUCAGAUGGUUCUUUUCCUGGAAAGAUUAAAUUCCUCUGCAGCUUUGGGGGAAGAAUAUUACCAAGGCCAAGUGAUGGGAAGCUUAGAUAUGUCGGAGGAGAGACACGGAUUAUAUCCAUCAGGAAAAACCUGACUUAUAGCGAACUUGUGAGGAAAACUUCUGCAAUUUGCAUUCAACCUCAUUCGAUCAAGUACCAACUCCCCGGUGAGGACCUUGAUGCACUUAUAUCUGUAUCUUCUGAUGAAGAUCUUCAUCAUAUGCUAGAGGAGUAUCAUGAUUUGGAAAGAGGUUCUCAAAGAUUACGGAUAUUUCUUGUAUCUUCUGGUGAAACAGAUAGCCCAUGUUCGUUUGAGUCAAGGACUGUGCAACAGAGUGAUCCUGAUUAUCAAUAUCUUGUUGCAGUUAAUGGCAUGCUUGACCCAAGUCCCCGGAGGAGCUCUAGUGGCCAUAGUCUGUCAAGUCAAGCGAGCCAGUGGGGAAGUACCUUUGACAAUAGUCCAACUUUUCAAAGAGACUCGCCUACAUCGUUUCAUCCAUUGGAGGUUAGGGAAGGAGGAAGCUCCCCUAAUUUGACAAUGAUGCUCUCAAACCCUACCUCUCAGUUUUUUAACACACCUCAGAAUGCAAACAAGUCAUAUAGUCAAUCUCCUCCCUUGUCUCCAGUGCCAGGUCAGCAUAGAGAUCCUAAGAAUGCCCGUAUGCAGAUGUAUGAGGAUCAUGCAUUUGCCGAUGGUCAUAACAGUCCACGUGUUAUGGACCAGCCGGCAUAUGACAAUUCCUAUAAUUUUGAUGCACCGAGCCAUUACUGUAAUCAACUUCACGAGCCUCGGCAGGUGAUGCAUUACCAUCAUCAUAACAAACGUUUGAUAGAACCCAACCAGGCUCAUGAAAUGCGUUUUCACAAUCGUAGCCCCAGUGAUGAUUUUGUUUAUUCUGCACUAUAUAGUCAAAAUGAUAUGGACUUUGGGAGGCCCAUCGUUAAUGAAAUGGGAUUGCAGUCUGAGAAGUUCCUGUCUUCUCCUGAAGAUACAAGGGGUCCUUUUCAUGGAUCUGACAUUUCAGUGGGCUCUCUAAAUAAAAUGUCUCAUGUGAAAUCUGAGUCACAAUUACACUGUGAAGAGAGGUCCAAUUACUCAUUGGAACAAGAGAACGUCUCAUGGUACCCAUUGGAUUUCAAAAUGGAAAAAUCACCUUCGCUGACAUUGUCGACUUCAUCAAGAGAAUGCCAAAUGCAACAGCAAGAGAUUAGUGGUGAGAAAUGCGAAUCAUCUAAGUAUGAGAAUAUGCCCACUUUCAAGCCAGGGGAUUACAACAAGGAAUAUACAGAAUGGGGACAAGAUAUGUUGAUGCGGAUGGGCAAGAAAGUUGCUCCUUUGAGUCAAGAAGCAAAAUUUUAUGAUGAAAAAGGUAACCCUGUUUCGAAUGCUAUUGACAUGGAACAUAACUUGAUUAACUUCUAUGAAAACUCAAUACCACGACUCGAGCAACAAGAGUUAAAAGUCCCUGAAGGCACAAACUCUGCUUACCUUGCCACUGCACAGGAAGAUUUUGCAAGUACUAUGAGAAAGGGCCCUAAUGAUUACAACUUCAAUCCAUCAGCACCUGAGUUUCUUAACAAGGAUGUUGUAACUGGGACAAUAAGAACUGUAAAAGUUUCUGAUGGAUCUUCUGGAGGACCUGGACAACAACUUGUUGUGGUUCAAGGCAUGAAUGGACAAGAACCCAUUCUGGCAAACCCUGUAUAUCUAACUGCAUUUGCACAAGGUGUGUCUCAUUCAAGCUUAAACUUGUAUAAGAAUGACCCUCCUGUUACUGGCGUUUCAACUCAGAAUCCAGGCACAAAUGCUGCUUUAGGAAGAGAGAUUUCUCAUCUUGGGGAGGGCCCAGUGAAACAUCGUAGUAAUAGUGUUGGACAGGUAGGCUCCCAGGGACACAUUUCUGAGGGAUCGAAACUUGGAGAUGCCGUCAUCAUCCGGUCAAAACACUCAGAUAUUCAUUCUCAGAAUAAUGUAUCGGAAUCAGCAGUCAUUGUUGAAGAUGUAACAGAUAGUAUUCCUUCUGAUGUGCCAUCAUCCUCAAAGAUUGUUCCAUAUGUGGAAUAUGAACCGAACGAUGAAAUUCAUUCUCCUAGAGGAACAGAAACUGACAGUGUCGCCCCAGAGUCUGACUUCGAGGAUGUAGAAGGUGAUGGAAAAGACAAGGAUGAAUCUAUCAGUGAUGCUGCAAUAGCUGAAAUGGAAGCCGGCAUCUACGGUUUGCAGAUCAUAAAGAAUGCUGAUCUUGAAGAGCUACAUGAGUUAGGAUCUGGUACUUUUGGAACUGUUUAUCAUGGAAAGUGGAGGGGAACAGAUGUUGCUAUCAAGAGAAUCAAAAGGAGCUGUUUUGCUGGAAGAUCAUCAGAGCAAGCUUGGAUAAAAGACUUUUGGAGAGAAGCUCAAAUCCUGUCAAAACUUCACCAUCCCAAUGUACUGGCAUUCUAUGGAGUGGUUCCUGAUGGGCCUGGAGGAACAUUAGCAACUGUAACUGAAUAUAUGGCCAAUGGGUCUCUAAGACAUGUCCUAUUAAAGAAGGAUCGCAAGGUGCUUGAUCGACGCAAAAAGCUUAUGAUUGCAAUGGAUGCAGCUUUUGGCAUGGAGUACUUGCAUCUGAAAAAUAUUGUUCAUUUUGAUUUGAAAUGUGACAACUUGCUUGUCAAUUUGGGAGACCCCCAACGACCCAUAUGCAAGGUUGGAGAUUUUGGAUUGUCAAGAAUUAAACGGAAUACACUUGUGUCUGGUGGGGUCCGGGGAACACUUCCAUGGAUGGCACCAGAGCUACUAAAUGGAAGCAGCAGUCGGGUUUCUGAGAAGGUCGAUGUGUUCUCAUUUGGCAUUGCAAUGUGGGAGAUCUUGACCGGGGAGGAGCCCUAUGCAGACAUGCAUUGUGGUGCUAUUAUAGGUGGAAUUGUAAGUAACACACUCCGGCCUUCCAUUCCUGACCACUGCAAUGCCGAGUGGAGAAAGUUGAUGGAAGAUUGCUGGUCACCCGAUCCAACAGUCAGGCCAUCAUUCACAGAGAUAACAAACAGGCUUCGAGUCAUGUCAAUGGCACUCCAGCCAAAGCGACAUAAUCCGGCAAAGAGAUGAGAUUCUACAUCCCUAUGUAAGUUAGAAGGAAAAAAAAAAAAAAGACAACCAAAAAAAUGACAAAUUCCCAUCUUUUUGUGAGUUGAUUUUGUAAAAUAGACUCAUACAAGCAAUUCUUGUAGGGUAAAUCUCUGUAGAUUCAAGGUAUGAAUGAAUAUUACAGCAUUUCUUCCA